GCAGGUGUAAACAAACAGAAAGCAUGGCGUCCGGUGCAGGCGACUGGUGUUUGAUUGAGAGCGAUCCUGGCGUCUUUACAGAACUCAUUCGAGGAUUUGGAGUUAAAGGAGUUCAGGUUGAAGAAAUAUGGAGUAUGGAUCCAGAAAGCUUUCAGAAUCUCAAACCGGUUCACGGACUGAUAUUCCUCUUCAAAUGGGUGCCAGACAAAGAACCAGAAGGAUCGAUCGUCAAAGAUUCAAGACUGGAAAAAAUAUUUUUUGCUAAACAGGUUAUAAACAAUGCGUGUGCGACGCAGGCUAUACUCAGUAUUCUCCUCAACGCGUGUCAUUCGGAUGUGGAACUCGGCGAGACGUUGACGUCAUUCAAAGAAUUUGCUCAGUCGUUCGAUCCAUCAUUACGAGGCCUAAGUCUAAGUAAUUCUGAUGUCAUCAGACAAGUCCACAAUAGUUUUGCCAGACAACAGAUGUUUGAGUUUGACGAGAAACAGUCUAAGAAAGACGACGAUGUGUUUCACUUUGUCGGGUAUAUUCCCAUCGAGGGACGUUUGUAUGAACUAGACGGCUUGAAAGAAGGCCCAGUUGAUUUAGGUGCUAUCCCAGCUAAUUCUGAUUGGCUAGAUCUCGUUCGCCCGGUGAUAGAGAAACGAAUGCAGAAAUACAGUACGGAUGAAAUUCACUUUAACCUGAUGGCGGUUGUGUCCGAUAAGAAGAUGAUGUAUGAGAAGAAGCUGAAGGAGUUAACAAGUAAGUUGGAGGGCGGCAGCAUGGAGUCUGAUACACUGGAGGCUGAGAUUAGUCGACUGACGUGUUUAAUCCAAGAGGAAGAUCAAAAAAUGAAAAGAUAUAAGGCCGAAAAUAUACGAAGGCGGCAUAAUUAUUUACCAUUCAUAAUGGAAUUACUCAAAAUCCUGGCCAAAGAAGGAAAAUUAAUGACGCUAGUAGAAAAGGCAAAACAGAUAGCAGUCCAAAAACGAGAACUGAAAGAAAAAGCCACUGAGAAAGAAAUGACCUGAAAAAUAGUGGUUGAGAUCUGUGUCUUCUGUCGACUGUUUCUGUCACGUGAUCACCACGGCAAACUCCGUGGACCACUCUGUACGAUGUCUGUGAAUGUUAUUUAACGACAUUUAUCAAAGUAUCAUUUCUCAUCUCAAGUUGUUUACCUCGUAAACUUGUUGGUUGGUCUUGGAAAUGUGGGGAUCAAGCUUGUACGCAAAUUUCUGUCAUUAUUUAUCAACGACAUUAAAACUCAUUUUUACCAUG